AUAGUACAAACGGCUGUUGAAUGCGUUACACCAUUUGGACAGUACAUUAAAUGAUUCACACAUAAAUUUUCAAAUAAAAGAAAUAAUCUUUAUAGAAAUCAAAAAUCAAGUGCAAGUGAUAAAAUAAUUAAAAAUUCUGUGAUUAAAAAAUUUAAAUUGAAAGAAAAUGAUGAAUAUGAACAUGAUGAACGAUCCAGCAUUUGCUGGAAUGCUUCCAUUUGACACAAUGGGAUUAUAUGAGCCUCCAAAGCCUCGAUAUAUUUUCAAAAUGCCUCGAGUUAUUCCCGAUCAGAAGGAGAAGUUUGAGAGUGACGAUAUGUUUAGGAAGCUGAGUCGAGAUAGUGAAAUUCGUUACACAAGUCAUCGUGACAGACCUCAGGAAGAAAGAAAAAUUCAUUUUGCUAGUGGCUGCAAUGCUGGCUCAACAGAAAUCGCUUUCGUCGCUAGUGGCAUCAACAUCCAGCUUUUCUUCACUCCUUAUCAUCCUUAUCCGACAAAUUUCGAACGUGAAUUAGAUUUCGAUAAAGAACAUGGAAAAGUUCAUAUCAAGUCACAUUUCAUCAUGAACGGAGUUUGUGUGAGAUUUCGUGGAUGGUUGGAUCUUGAGCGACUCGACGGCAUUGGACGUCUCGAAUAUGACGAGCGACGUGGUGCACAUGAAGACGCAAUUCUCAAAGAACAACUCGAACGAUACAGUCAAAGACUGAAAGAUUUCGAGGACACGAAGCACAACAUAAAUGUCGGAAAUCGUGGAAGUUGGCGACAGUGAAUGUCGAGAAUUAUUUUUUAUUAUUGAUUGGAUUCAUUUGAUGCAACUCACGAUUCUCUUUUGGAAUAAAAUGUUUGCUUUUAUUAUCAAUUUAA